CCGCAGUGUCAUCCAAAAACCCUAGCGGCCGGCAGCACACUCUGCAUCGUCAUCGUCUUCGUCUUCAGGUGUUGCAAUCAUGGCAGAUGUGGAAGGAGAUACUGCAGCGGCGGCGUCAGCGCCAAAGAAGAGAACGUUCAAGAAGUUCAGCUUCAGAGGAGUGGAUCUGGACGCGCUCCUGGACAUGUCUACCGACGAGCUCGUGAAGCUGUUCACCGCGCGCGCUCGCAGAAGGUUCCAGAGAGGUCUGACAAGGAAGCCGAUGGCGCUUAUCAAGAAGCUCCGGAAAGCGAAGAGGGAAGCUCCGGCGGGUGAGAAGCCUGAGCCAGUUCGCACACACCUUCGCAACAUGAUAAUUGUUCCUGAGAUGAUCGGUAGCAUCAUUGGUGUUUACAACGGAAAGACGUUCAACCAGGUUGAGAUUAAGCCUGAGAUGAUUGGCCAUUACCUUGCCGAGUUCUCCAUAUCUUACAAGCCCGUCAAGCACGGCAGGCCUGGUAUUGGUGCCACCCACUCUUCCAGGUUCAUCCCUCUCAAAUGACGACUUCAUCACCACCUCCCCGAUACCAGAUUUUGUGUUCAUGUUUUAGAUUCCAUAGUAACACUCAAGACUUUUGCUUGCUUUCAAAUUUAAGUUUCUUGUUAUAUCUGCCGAUUCUCUUAUUAUGAAACCAACUCUAAGCAUUCAUCAGCGA